AAGUACUUCCGGGAUAGCAAAGGUCGGCCCCGGCAAGAUGGCGGCGCCCUUGGAGCUCAGGUGCUGGGGAGGCGGCUGGGGGCUCCCGUCGGUGCACAGCGACUCCCUGGUGGUGAUGGCUUACGCCAAAUUUUCUGGUGCACCCCUGAAAGUCAAUGUCAUAGAUAACACCUGGAGAGGUUCAAGAGGAGAUGUACCAGUUUUGACAACUGAAGACAGUAUUGUUUCUCAGCCGGCAAAAAUACUAAACUUUUUAAGAAAACAGAAAUAUAAUGCCGAUUAUGAACUGUCAGCAAAACAAGGGGCAGAUACACUAGCUUACAUUGCUCUCCUCGAAGAGAAGCUUCUUCCUGCAGUGCUUCACACAUUCUGGGUUGAGAGUGACAAUUACUUUACUGUGACAAAGCCAUGGUUUGCUUCACGAAUGCCUUUUCCCUUGAGUUUGAUCCUGCCUGGAAGAAUGUCUAAGGGAGCACUGAAUAGGAUUCUCCUGACCAGGGGAGAGCCUCCCCUCUACCACCUCCGAGAUGUAGAAGCUCAGAUAUACAGAGAUGCCAAGGAGUGCCUAAAUCUUCUGUCAAACAGACUGGGAACAUCUCAGUUUUUCUUUGGAGAUACACCUUCUACUUUGGAUGCCUAUGUGUUUGGUUUUCUCGCACCUCUUUAUAAAGUACGCUUUCCUAAAGUUCAGUUACAAGAACAUUUGAAACAGCUCUCCAACCUGUGUCGCUUUUGUGAUGACAUCCUAAACAGUUAUUUUAGGCUUAGUCUUGGAGGCAUCUCUCCUGCUGGACAAGAAACGGUAGAUGCAAAUCUGCAGAAACUCACACAACUUGUAAAUAAGGAAUCCAACUUGAUUGAAAAGAUGGAUGACAAUCUUCGCCAAAGCCCUCAACUUCCUCCUCGGAAACUACCAACACUUAAAUUGACUCCAGCAGAAGAAGAAAGUAAUUCCUCACAACGGCUAUCACCCUGACAGUCUUCAUGCUUUGUGUCCAAGGUCAUAUAAUUGUUGCAGUAAUCUCUUACACUAAGUGUGUGAGGCAAAAAGAAAAUUCAUAAAUAGGUAUAAGGAAGACUCUAAAACAAAAGAAACUUUCUAUGACAGUAAUUUCUUUUUAGUUAGGAAGCUCGUGUUUUAGCUUGGAAACGCACUUUAAAUAACAUCAACGUAAAUGCUAAAUGAACUUGGGGAAAAAAGAAAACACGUUGUACUGUAAAUAAAAAACCUGCCUUAACCUUGGCAGAUUUUUGCCUUUGGUUCACAUGUUGCUGGCCCAAAGCUACACUGCUGUUCUGAAUGUGCACUGUUAGUUUAUUCAAGUUAAUUUAUUAAUUUAGUAUCCUUAGACCAGUCUAAAUAUCUAAUAUGUGGCUCUUUGGCUGAAGCCUUUUUUUCUUCUGUUUAGAAAUCUGAUGCCUAUUUUAGAUGUUAGGAAAAAUAUUCUAAUAUUCUAUUUACUUCAGUAGAAAAGCCUGUAUUUAACUUUAAAAAGCAAUGAGGAAUGUGUUUUUUAAUUAUGCUCUCAUAAGUCUAAUCUUUGGGGGAGUUAGUACCAUAUAUAUAAAUAUUGAAGGUGGUUACAUAUAAUAUUUGUCUGACUAUAUGCACUUCAAUAUAACAGUAUUUGCUCAUGUGUUCAAUACAGGUUAGCAAGGGCUCUUUUAAUUUAUUGGAGCUUUAGACCUGUGUAUUCGUAGUACGUCUUUAACUCUAGUCAUCUCUUUCUUGGGUUGAUUUCAGGAGAGCUGAAUGUGUUAGCAUCGUUAUUAUGCCAGGCUGUAAAGUCUGACUCUUGCCCAGUUGUUAGACACUACUCAGGAGGAGCCCACUGCCAGAGAACUAGAAGUACCUACUGUGCACCUGGUCCAGGUUCACCAUGCUUGGCUCAGACCAGUGUUCUUUCCUAAGAAACAUAUCAUGUAGUCAAAACCUUUGUGACAACUAAUUAUUUUCCAUAGAGUUAACUACAGUUGAAGGAUUCAAUGGAGUAGUCGGAAAUAGCAGAUUUUAAAGAACAUUUUCUAUUUAUUGGUUGCUGAACUGUUCAAAGAUUUGCUGUGCGGGUAAUUUUACUUAUAAUAGAAUCUUGCUUAUUUUAGUGGCUGAGGUGCUUCUGCUGUCCUAAAACUACUUCUGGGGUUUUUAAAAUAUAGGACCAUGUUUUUGAUUAGUGUCUUAAAAGAUUACUAUGGUGCUCAGCAAAUCUUGUCACAUCCUGCAGAAACCCCCAGGUUAGGAAAACAGUUUUGGACUCAAGAGACUUGUCUAAUUUGAGCUGAGUGGAACUCAGCUGUGUUUGACCUGCAUCCUCUCAAUUUGUUCUGUAUUUAGGUAGCUAUUUAUACAGAAGUCUUUAUGUCAUUGUAAAUAUUUUUUCUUGAAAGUUUUAAUGAGAAACAGGGUAGUCUUCAAAGUCUUGUUCAUCUGUUUGGAUGCAUUGAGAGAAAGAAACUAAUGAGUUUCACAUUACUUCUGCAACAGGUUGGGGGGGAGAGAGAGAGAGAGAGAGAGAGAGAGAGAGAGAGAGAGAGAGAGAGAGAGAGAGAGAGUGUGUGUGUGUGUGUGUGUGUGUGUGUGUGUGUGUGUGUUAUGUGUUAGUCUUCGUGUUAGUCUUCUGUUAGAGUGCAGCAACGGAAAUCUGUUUGAAUAUUCUGUGUUGGAAAUCAUGACCAUAGGACUUUAUUGUCCUCUAGGAUUGAUGUUUAUUGGAGAUGGGUGGUUAGCACAUUAAUCAUCUGCUUAUGCUUUAGUCAGGGUUAGUCAUUUUCGAUUAUGAUUUCUAUUAAAACUUUCAAAAAGCAUUUGAAGUGACUUACAAUUGUCAAACGUGUAAAACAGGACAAUUAAAAUUAGUUUUUGGAAAAAUAAAAAAUUUGUAGGAGAAAGAACUCUAUUAUUAACCCUAACAGAUUCUAAAAUUGAAUGGUAAAUUUAACUCCAGGUUUCUCCAUGGGCAAAGUCAAGGGAUAAUACUGGGUUAUGUAAAGUUUUCUGUCAAUAAGGUUACUACUGUCCAUGAGUAAGCAAAAUGUGUUUACAUUUUUAUAAGAAUGUGGAAUAUCGUAUUCUUAUGACACAAAGAUGCAGCCAGUAAGCAUACUGUAAUGUUUGAUGUGUUGAAAGUUUAAUAAAAAAAUAUCAUUCUAGAAUAACAAGUAUCUAUCCUUUUUUAGUAGAAAGACGACUGUAAAUAUGAUUUAUUUCCUUUUGGUCAUUCCUGCUUUGAACUGCCUUUAGCUGUAUGCUAUAUAGGCCAUGAUGCUUCCAGACUAUCUUUCCUAAGAUGCAAAAUAUGAUUUAGAUAAGUAAGAAUUUAUAUGCUGGGUUACUUAGUUGAGGUUUUUGGUAUAAGCUAAUGAGAUGCUAGGAAGCUAUCACUGAGCACAAACCACUCCAGGGAUCAGCCACACAUAUAGGAAGCUCUUGGAAAGGAAUAACUUUCCAGACUGGGCAGAGAGCUUUUGAGCAACCUGUCAGGAUAUGCUUUGGAUAAAGUUGGAGUUCGCUGAGAUAAAUGGUCCACAGUCUUAAAAUACUGUGAGCCACUUUCUUUUGGAAGUGAUGGUGGACGAUAAUAUGAUAAAAGCGACUAUGUUUGUGUUUGUUUCUUGGUAGUAUGGGAUGAGAAAAUUGGUCAGAUAGUUCCCAUAAGAUAAAGAUCUUUCAUCAACAAACUGUCAUUAGUUAUCCAUAAGACUGGCCAUUCCCCUAAGACCAAAGAAACUGUAAAAGACCUUUAAGGACAGUCAUUCCUACACAAUGUUUUUCCCCCUAAAAGGUUGGCACUGACAAACGAAUUAAAUUUCAACCUAGACAUGUUUGUUUUAUUUUUUGUGUGCUAGAGGAUUAGAGAUUUUAUGUUAAAUCCGAAGCAUUUUGAUUUCCAUUUGUAAUUUAUGUUCAUUUAAUGUGGCUAGAUAUAUUAACUUAAAGGAAUGGGGAAGCUUAUUUCAAUCAGAGCUAAGUUGUAAUUUUCAGAAGUCUGCAAAAAUGGAAGAAAACUAGACAUCAAAAGAGGCAGAAAUUGGUAACAGUGUUAGUAUCUCAGAAAACCAAUUUUUAAAGGUAGUAUCAUGUGAUAAAAGUGGUAUUUGAAGUCAGUAGUAUGUUUUCUUAGAGCCUCUUCCAGGAAUAGACAUUUACCAUGUUAUUAGAUUUUUCAUAAACUGUUUACUUUUUCAUAAGCUGUCAAAAAUUGUAUCCCUCUGAAACCAAAAUAUAAAUGCUUAAAUGUAAAGACAAGAAGCUGAGGGAUGGUUACAUAGGGUCUCUCUGUACUAUUUUUGCAACUUCUUUUUGUGAGUCUAUAAUUAUUUCAAAAUAAAAGGGUUUUAAAAAUAAAUUCAAUAAGUUUAUCAUUAUCUAGAUAAACUAUGAUUUAAAAUUUAAUGCUUUAAACAUAGUAUUCAGUAUUCAGUUCCAGAUGAAUAAAUGCAUAAUAUAAAUUAUAUAUAAUUUAUUUCAUUCUUGAGUUUAAAGAAAAAAACUCAGGUUUAUAACAAAUGAUAAUCUAAAGAUCUGUUUUGCCUUAUGAGCAAAGAAAAAACAACAAGAACCCCUAAAACCAAGAACCCCUUUUCCCUAGGAGACUAAAAAUUCUACAAUUUUAUGUUUGUAAUUGUAUCUUUUUUUCCUAUGGUAUGUGGGUUUACUUUUGAGGAUAAAAUAUUUUGAAAAAAAUUCCGUGUCUCUGUGUGGUAAUCCUUCUUUGUUUUGCAAGUGUUCUCUCUCUAACUACACUAGGACCAUGCUUUUUUUUUUUUUCUUCUUUUUUUUUUUGUGGUACACGGGCCUCUCACUGCUGUGGUCUCUCCCGUUGCGGAGCACAGGCUCCGGACGCGCAGGCUCAGCGGCCAUGGCUCACGGGCCCAGCCGCUCCGCGGCAUGUGGGAUCUUCCCGUACCGGGUCACGAACCCGUGUCCCCUGCAUCGGCAGGCGGAUUCUCAAUCACU